AUGGCACCGUCACGCAGGAACCAACGACACCGCCAAUCCUCCCUCUCCCUCUCCAUCGCCCCCAGCGCCGCCGAACAACUACCCCCCAUAUCGGCACUGUUCCUUAUCGAUUUCGAUGUCAAGGCCGGAUACACCAUCACCUGGAAGCGCGCCGUGCCCAACCUCGAAUUGGACGGCCGAGUUGAAUACAAGUCGCUGCCUUCGGGGCUGCACACCGUCCGCCAUGAUUUGAUUUAUUUUGUUGACGGCGACCACGCCGGUCUGAGCGCCUUUGUCAACGAGCCGUGUGAAGAGGAGGAAGCGAGGAAUGCGAGGAUGAUUGCCGUGGGUAUUCUGGUCCCGUUGAGUUACGGGCGGUUGGGGAGAGCUUGGAGACAUGCGGAGAAGUUGAAGGAGCUGGCUGCCAAAUUGGCAAAGGAUCGCAAUCAGACGGAGAUAUUGGAAAAGUAUUGGGAUGUCCAUAGGGCUAACGAGAGUGGUGGGCAGCCAGAUGACUCGGCGGUUUCUAAUCUGCCUGAUUCACCUACUCAGGAACGAAAGACACACAAGAGGAACAGGUCAGCUUCCGAUGGGGCGGCAUUGAUGCCCCCCGAGCACAGGUUGAGCCCCUUCCACCCGGCCUGGAGCUUUGUCAGUCUUUUAGACAAGUUUGGUCCUCUUAUAUUCCCCAUCCAUAGAGCAGCGCUGCUGCGCAAGCGAAUUCUCAUCUCUUGCCAUGCCCCCGUCCACGAAAUUUGCGACUUUGUAUACGAUAUUUCCAUUCUUUCCAAUAUACCCCUCUCUGUCGCCGACAGACUCCCGAUCUCAUCGCCCACACCUCGUCUACGCCCCCUAUUCACUAUUGGCGUUCACGAUAUCCCCUUCCUCAUGGAGGACUUUGAAGCUUUCAAGCGGCGCCAGGAGGGCACCGCAGACCCCGAAGAUGAAGCUGGCUCAGGCUGGAUCGCCUGCACAACAGACAGCAUCCUCGCCAUGAAAGACACCCUCUGGGACAUGCUCAUCACCAUGCCGCCCGAGCAUUCCACAAACGCCAAGGAAAGGACCUGGCCAACAGUCGAAUACCCCCGCGGCACACCCGUCAAAGCCACGCAACGAGACCUCCGGCGCUUCAACGCCCUUCGCACCGGUCUCAUCCGCCUAGCUUCCUCCCCACAACCCCAAGAACCAGACUCCCCGCGGUCAGACUCAUCUGCCGUUCGCCUCUCCACCAGCCACUCCCACCGGCUUGUCAAGGACGAAGAGGACCCAGGCAUCGAAACACUCAUCGAGCCCUUAUCCUGGGCAGCAUUUGCCUACAACGGCUACAUGUGGUGGGCAUCCGCCGGCGAGCAGAUCCGCUCCGAAGAGCACGAGGAAUCCUCCCGAGAUGCCGCUCUCCUCGCUGAUCUCGCUCCCGCACCCACAUCCUCCUCCUCCAUGUCUCCCCGUCCUCUCUCCGAAUCACUCACCUCUCUUACCGGUCGUCGCGCAUCCAACCCCGACGAAGCACGUACUGAACUCGCCAUCAUUGCAUACUUCCACCGUCUGACCACCCAGAUGCUCUCCAUACUAGUUGACCUCGUUGAAUCCUCAGACGAAGCUUACCCUUCUCCGUACAGAGACGAAGAGGACGCUGAGUCGGAUGGCGAAGAUGAAGCAGAGAUCUUAUUAAAUAACGGGGGAUUAGGUCUCGAUGCCAACUCCAUCACCGUGGAUAGCCACUCCGUUGAAAAUAUGGGCCUAGACGUAUGGAGCGUGUCAGACGCAACUUUUGUAACGGACCUCAUGGAAGCAUAUUUCGGGAGGGCCGCAAGAAUCGAAGGCAAGGGCGUGGAGGUUUGCGGCGUGAGAGUGUGCUAG